UAGAAAGUUAAUCUGUGCUUUGUUUAUAAAGCGAUUCAAAGCAAGGAAAGGAACAGCGAAGAUAUCGCACUCAAAUGCGAGCACGACCAGUUUGAAAAUACAUUUCGUUUCAGAUUGAGCUGUGAUGAACGACGAUGAAUAUUCAAGACAAAUGUCCUCUGAUUUUAAAUUAAGCGAUAUAGCUAAACUAGUGCAUCAGAGAUGAGACGUUAUAGCCUACGAUUCUCUCUACGUGUCCAUAUUCUAAAGCAUAGCCCAAUUAAUGUGUGUCCAUAAUACAAAGACCGCUUAAAUUUUUGUGCUUGAUAGAAGGAGGGGAAACGAGGAGGGAGCAACCACACGGAGGGGAAAAGAAGGAGGAGAAUUGGAGACACUGUAGAGAGGAAAUCGUGCUCCUUACUAGCCGACACACGCCGCCAGAACACAUCGAACAGAUUGGGGAGAAAGGAGGCGAUAAGAAAGGAGAGAAGGUGAAAUUCUAACGAGGGAUUUACACAGGUUGGGAUACAGACACUGAUUAUCACGAAGAAAGGACUAACGUCAUUUUGUUAUUCACGUGCAUUUUAAAGACUAACGUUAGCCAUUUUCUUCUGGACAAGGUAUUGUAAUAUAACCCUUGUGAGGUAGCGGAAUGUGUACGCUAGCGAUAGCUAAUUAGCUAGCUUAGAAUUCAGGACUUUGUGCGGGUUUGUUAUCUGGCUGAAACACGUUAUAUGCACUUACAAUCUUGUUCUUCAGCAUAUGAUAGCGCACGUAACGUCAGCUGUUGGUGGUGAGGUUUUUAUAUGAUGUUCCUGACCAUGCUGCUCUUUCCAUGAUUAAACAAUAACACUAGCUGAGCUAGCAUAAAUAAUUAUUUUAUAGAUCAAAGACUUAAUGUUAACGUUACCCAAAUGGAUAGCUAGCUGAGGCAAAAGAAAGGUCAGUCACUUAAUAUCUCCCCACUUUUACUUGAGCUUUGGCUCAGAAAUACAGCGACGUUUGGACUACCCACGGACAUAACGCUAUUUAAGGUUACGUUCAGAUUCCUUUAACAACGCCUUCAGACAAUUGCAGCAUUCCUUGCACGUUGUUUUUAUUGCAAGUCCCACCUUGAUUACGCCAGGGCCUAGCUAACUAUAUCGCUAAUUUACCAGGCCUAAAACCAAUCUGUGAUACUGUCAACCAUCAACAUUAGUGCAAUCUCUGACCCCCCCCUCUAUUAUUUUUACCAGUUGGCUUAUAUAUUUUUUUUCUCGAUUUUGUCCGUGUCUUGGUAUUGUCAGGCGGCACAGAUUUACGUUCUUAACCAUCUAAAAUGUACAUUUAUAUGACAUUAUUGUUUGCCUGACAGUAAAGUGUAACCAAUCUUUAGCUCCCUAUUUAGCCAAUAGUGCACGUUUGGGGAGCAGUCACUACAUUUAACCAGGCUCCGUAAAACAGGAGUUUUGAUCUUUCUGAGCAGAGGAAACUAAGGUUACUCACAUUCUAGGCAUAGCGCGAGACCCUAUCCUAGAACAGGGUACAACCAAGGGAAGGAGGCAAAGGUAUAAAUAGAUAGCUAACGGAGACAGAGCUGUUCAAUGUUAAUGUCGACUGACGUAGCAUCAAUAAUGUUACCCGUUAAUCGGGGAAUGAUGGACCGAGAAAGGGACAUUGACUCCACGACUGGACCCCCUCGCAAACUCUGCCGGAGCUUCAGCAGUGGUCCGAGGAAUGAAACGUGGAGAUCCAGAGCCCGACGCACAGACAGCUGCAGCUUUGACCGAACUGGCCGGGGCGGAAUGCAAGCGGCCGAGGAUAGACGGGACCGGGGGUGUCGGUGACAUUGGGCAGGGAGCUCCAGAGUCUACAGUAGGCCAGGAGGGUCUUGUGCCCCCACCCUUCACUGCCUUCCCCCCACCGCCCCCGCCUCAGAAUGGCCUGGCCCCAGAGUUUGGAGGGGCCCUGUACACCGCCGGACCCCAGGGGCCCUCCGAGCCCGUAGCCGGCACCAACGGCCCUGCCUCGGCACCCAACAAUGUGAGCGCUCCACAGACAGAGGGCUCUUCUCAGGUAGAGGGGGUGGGCCAGUGUGGAGCGGCGAGUGGACCUGGUGUGGUGGCCGGCGUGUCAGGGGCCGACUCAUCCGAGGCCAAGGGAACCCCGAAGCGCCUCCACGUCUCCAACAUCCCCUUCCGCUUCCGCGACCCCGACCUCAGGCAGAUGUUUGGGCAAUUUGGGAAGAUCCUUGACGUUGAGAUAAUUUUCAACGAGAGAGGCUCAAAGGGCUUUGGGUUUGUGACAUUCGAGACGAGCGCAGAUGCUGAAAAGGCUCGUGAAAAGCUUCAUGGCACACUAGUGGAAGGCCGCAAGAUCGAGGUUAACAAUGCCACAGCCAGGGUGAUGACCAACAAAAAGGUUGUCACCCCUUACCCCAACGGAGAGGCACUCGCAACGCUGCCCUAUGCUGCUGGCUGGAAGCUGAGCCCCAUGGUGGCAGGGGGGAUCUACGGACCAGAGCUCUAUGCAGGCUCCAUCUCGAUGCCUGGUUUCCCAUACUCCUCAGCAGCUGCGGCCGCCACCACGGCCGCAGCGUUCCGGGGAGCUCACCUGAGGGGACGUGGUCGACCGGUCUAUAGUGCCGUCCGUGCCGCUGUCCCCCAGCCAGCCAUCCCCGCCUACCCUGGUGUGGUGUAUCAGGAUGGGUUUUAUGGAGCUGCUGACUUAUACGGAGGCUAUGCAGCCUAUCGCUACGCUCAGCCUGCUGCUGUAACCGGGGCAACUGCUGCUGCGGCUGCAGCUGCCUACAGUGACAGUUAUGGUCGGGUAUAUACCACAGACCCCUACCACGCCUUGGCCCCCGCUGCUGCUGCCUAUGGAGUCGGUGCCAUGUCUCUUGCUCACGCGUCCUCUCUGUCUGCUGUCACACAGGCUAGUUUAUACCGGGGUGGAUACAGCAGGUUUGCGCCAUACUAAGAAGAUUGCCCCCCCCCACCCCACCCCACCCCACCCUUCUCCCCCUGGAUUUCCCUCCACCCUUCCGUUUUCCAGAGCCCCCUUUUUCUUUUCUCUUUCUCUCGCUUCCCUCCUGUGUUGGGCUCCCAAAGGUCCGCAGCCGCUAAAAAGACAUGUACAGAAGCCUCACAACACAACCACAGUUUGUCUGUCCACCCCGCAACACAACAGGAGACAACCAGGACCAGUGAGGGACAGUGGCCGCAACAUUUGCAAUGACUGUGGAACACCAACGGACACAAAGACAGACAGACAGACAGACAGAGGGAGGACUGAGAAAUCACUGCUUGAUUAUUGUUAGGUUUUUUUUUUUACACUACAGCUUUGCAAUCACUAUUUUUAUUUUGUCAAAACAGUCUGUGGUUACGCCCUCUAUUAUCAUUUUUACAGGAGAACCUUUGUAUUACAGCUGACACUAGUAUUAUGUUUAGUGAGUCAUUGUGAACCUUGUCUUUAUAUUCUGUUCAGUACCCACACACAGAGUGUCAGCUCCACAUACUAUUUGGCUUUCAAGCGUGUACUAUCAACUCACUAUUUGUGAUAAAUGUUAAAUACUAUAAGGGAGCGCAUCUCCCUCAACUACAUUUAAAAGGGCACAGCCGUUUUUUAAAGAGGAGCGUUGUCGAGGAUCAGCUCUCACAACAGAAAUGAGAGCAGUGGGACAUUUAUAGCAAAAACGGCAUCUUUACAUAAACGUCAUGGGCGAAACCAAAUUACCCAUCAUUUCACAAUCAACUCAAAAGCGGAGGAGAAAAAGAACUUUUAAGAAUGACAAGGAAAGGAAAACAAAACCUCUUGUUUUUGUUCUGCAUUACCUCAUGUGUUUCCUUUGGUUCUGGAAAAUGUUAAUGAUGAUAAUAAUGAUGGUGGUGGUGGUGAUGAUUUAUAAUCAUGUAAGUGAUGCUAAAGAACAGCAAUUCAACUACUCAGCAACAUUUAUUGUUAUUAUUAUCAAUAUUUUCUAGUUUUGAUUUAUUUCAGGUCUGCUAGUAUUAUAACUAUUAUAAAGUUGUCAUUUCUGUGAUUUAUAGUCCUGCAAGCAUUUCAGUCUGUAUCAUGUAUCCAUAUUAUCUCAUCUAUCUAUAACGUCUGCAAUAUUUGCCGGAGGAGGACUCGUGGAGCAAACAAAAAAAAAAAAAAAAAAAAGAUGUAAAAGGAGAGGGCAUGUAAGAGAGACGGUUUAUUCUUCAGAAGCAAACUGACCAGUUCUGAGACUCAUGUGAGACUACUAGACUACACAGCAUUCCAUAAGCGCCACCCUUUCACGUCUGGAGUCACUGGCCAUCCAGAGUCCAUUCAGUGUAGAGCCCAUCCCAGUGAGUAGGAGCCGGACUGGUUCACGGACGAGAACGGAAUUCUCAGGGCUUGGGAACAGGCGACACACCAGCGGAGCACGGCGGGAACACUUUGUGUGCCACCACAAUUUUAAGCCAGUGGUGCUCUUCUGCCGACGAAAAUUAGAUUUUUUUUUUUAUUAUUAUUAUUAUUAUUCCACCCAUCAGCUUUUACAAACUGCACCCCUUUUUGCUGAAGACUGGGACCGUGAGAAUCAUGUUCCUAUGUUUCCUUUCUGGUGUGUUGGUCGGUUUGGGAAUGCUGUAGUCCAGUCCAGUACGUACCAGAGCUACUGCCUCACCGCUCCCGAAAGCAGGAUGGGACAAACCUGUAUAAACGUUGUCUCGCUCCUGUUCUGUAUAUCUCCAUAUACUCAGACUAUGUUAUUAUUGUUGCUACUAUUAUUGUUAUUAUAUUAUUGCUAUUGAUUCUUCUUUUUUUGGUUCCAAAGAUUCUCUAAAAGCACAUUUUUUUUUUUGUUGACUGUAUACACGUAUGAUUAUCCUUUUAAUGGUUGAUGUUGCAGUUAUUUUAGCUUUUUUUAAGAGAAAAAAAAAUGUCUUGCAUGUCUAUUAAAAUGACAUUGUUGCAUCAGAGUGCUUCAGAAGCACCUUGUCUUGGAGGGAGACACCCAACAGCUUCAGAGAGAGAGAGAGCCGGAGGCUGAGACAGGGUGGUAAUUUAUUUAGACAGUUUUUAAUCAUUCGUAGCAACCACUCCCUCAAGGCCUGACCCCCUCCCCCCCCCCCCCCCCCCCCCCCCCCACACACACACACUACAGAACAAGUGUUAAAAUGUUAAAGAAACAGACGAGGUCGUCCUUUUUGAGAAGCAAAAUACCUCGCGGAGUCAUUAUGCGAAGUGAGGGUUGGCGAAUUAGGAGGUGGUGUGCUGCAGUCUCGAGGGAAGGUGCAAGAUCGAUAGCAGCAGUUUUAAUGUAAGAUCUCCCCUCAGACACACAGAAGACCAUAUCGAAAAGGCCAGUGUGACGGGCCAAAGGAGCGUGAUACCAGCGUGACAUUUUUAAAGACCCCAACCUCGUAAAUGUCACUGAGGCCGAGAGAGGGGAGGGAGAGCGAGAAGGGGGUAGACAGUCAGAGGAACGUGCAAAGCCGUACUCUUAUGAUUAUAAUCCAAGCUGUGGCUACAGCUGAGUACCCCAUAGAGUUGGACAAUUUUGCUCUAGCCAUGAUGAGCCCGUUGUGGGGAUGUAGUGGGCUGAGGGAACAGUCCGCUCAGGAGGAGGAGGACUGGAGAUGUAUGUCUAUAGGCAGCUGGAGCUGAGGGGUUAUGCUAUGUUAUUUGAACCCACUCAGACUCUAUAGUGUUAAACAGCACCAGUGGGAUUCGAGAGGGAGGUGGACCGAAUUGGUGAACAUUUCACACGUUCUCCUUUGUUUGGCCUGUGCAAGAGGAGGAGCAGAAAAAAAGGUCUACAAAUUUCAAAAUGAUAAACACUUGUUCAAGCCAAACCUGUAUAUUAUUUGGCAACCGGAUGGGGGGGGGGGGGGGGUGUCCUUUUUUUACUAGUAAUUGUCAAUGCUGUCUCAGCUGUGUUACUCUGUCCUCUUGUGUUGUCAUGGAAUUCUCAGAAUCCUUUUUUUUUUUUUUUUUUUAAGUGUAGUGGAAUGCUUGGUCUGGGAUGUUCAUUUUUACUCCAAAGAGCCCCUGUGAGCCUGUGUCUGUCCAGUUCUGCUCUGUAGGCACAUGGCACCAAAUUGCUGAGAGCGAGGGUCAAAGGGUCAGAUUUUCAAUGCUGUGAUGCCCCCCCCCCCCCCCCCUACUCCAAACCACCCCUCUAGCAGACUCUUGUCACCAUUCUCCCCCCUGAACCCAGAUCCCCCUGAAGUAGAAUCUGGAGAAACCCAUCAGCCUCUGGGGCUGAUGAUGACAUCAUCUCAGCCAGAACCAGUGCUCUGACGCCUGCGCAGCACUGCUGUGGAUGCACAGGAAAUGACCCGUGGGGUUUCAACUUUGACCUUGCCCCAUCCCUGCUUGCCUCCCUCCCUUAGCUUCCCCACCCUUCCCAUGGUCCCUUUCAGUUUACGGUUAAAACAAGUGACUUGUGUAUUUUUGUUUUUGUUUUUCAAGAUUUACACCACGUUCAUGCCUGCCUUUUUCUGUUAUUGUUUUUGAAUGUACAUAUAAACAGUUUGUUUGGUUUUUA